CGUUGACGCUUUUUCUCGUGUUUACACAACAAUAAAACACACUUUACAGUUUAUUAAAGCGACAAUCUGCGACUAGUUUCUGCAUUGAGUUCACCUCUAUCUGUGUGUCUGCUGACCAAAACAAUACAGCAGGCAGAGAGCAGCUCUGAGAGGAAAACAAGAUCUUAUUUUCAACCCUUGCCACAAUCAAUAAAGCUCCACCUGCUUUGAAGCUAUAAAUACUGAAAUAUUCCCAUCAGGAAGAAGUGAAAGUGAAAGACAGUGAGACGAUGAGUGAUCCAGAACCCUGCAGAAUUAAACAGGAAGAGACUGAAGAACUAAUAGAUGUGGUGGUGAAGGAGGAGAGUGAAGAACUGAGUGAAGAUGAGGAGAAACAUCAUGUCAAAAGUGAAAGUGAAAGUCAAUCACAGACUGAUUUCAUCUGCGCUGGUUUCAUCUGCGCUCAGUGUGGAAAGAGUUUCAAGUACACAUACACGCUCAAGAUUCACAUGAGGAUCCACACCGGAGAGAAACCUUACCAGUGUUCACACUGCGAGAAGAGAUUCAGCUAUUCGGGACAACUGAAAACACACGAGAGGACUCACACCGGAGAGAAACCGCAUCACUGCACUGAUUGUGGGAAGAGUUUCACGGAUUCAUCUUCCUUACAAAAACACAGAAAAAGCAAUCACAAUCUAAUUGUGAAGGAGGGGGAGAGUGAAGAACUGAGCAAAGCCAAGAAGGUCAAUCGAAGCGUUCAAGCAAAGGAGAAGCAACAUUCAUGCUCUGUGUGUGGAAAGAGUUAUGCAAAUAAACAAAGUUUAAAGCUACAUGAGAGGACUCACACUGGAGAGAGACCGUACACAUGUACUCAGUGUGGGAAGAGUUUCGGACAAUUAUCAAACCUUAAUCAACACAUGAAGAUCCACACUGGAGAGAGACCGCACAAAUGUGAUCAAUGCGGCAAAACAUUCUUGAGGGCUUCAAAGUUGAAGGUUCAUCUUAGAGUUCAUACAAAGGAGAAGCCUUAUUCAUGCUCUGAGAGUUUUACAGAUCAACAUCAUUUAAAAGCACAUCAGCAGAUCCAAACUGGUAUGCGAGAGUUUGUUUGCGAGUGUGAGAGGACUUUUAUUACAGCUACAGAAUUGAAACGACACCAGAGGACUCACAUUGGAGAGAAACCGUACAAGUGUUCACACUGCGACAAGAGAUUCAAUUAUCCAGGACAUCUGAAAGUACAUGAGAGGAUUCACACUGGAGAGAAACCGUACACGUGUGAUCAGUGUGGGAAUAGUUUCAGUCAAUCAUCACACCUUAAUCAACACAUGCUGAUCCACACUGGAGAGAAACCGCACCAAUGUGAUCAAUGCGGCAAAACAUUUUUGAGGCCUUCAGAGCUGAGGAGCCAUCUUAGGUUUCAUACAACGGAGAAGCCUUAUUCAUGCUCUGAGUGUGGGAAGAGUUUUACACAUCAGUCACAUUUAAGAGCACAUGAGAAGAUCCACACCGGGCUGAGAGAGUAUGUGUGCUUUGCAUGCAAGAAGACUUUCAUUAGAGCUGGAGACUUGAAAAGGCACCAUGUGAUUCACACUGGAGUGAAACCGUACAAGUGUUCACACUGCGACAAGAGAUUCGGCCGUUUAGAAUACCUGAAAGCACAUGAGAGGACUCACACUGGAGAGAAACCGUACACGUGUACAUAGUGUGGGAGGAGUUUCAUAGAAUUAUCAGACCUUUUUAAACACAUGAAGGUCCACAAUUGAAAGAAACCACCCAAUGGGACCAAUGCGGCAUUUCCUUUUUGAGUCAUUCAGAUCUGAAGAUCCAACACAAGUCGGAUGUCCAACUUCUAGCAGCGUCCUAGACCUUAUUUUCAAUUAAGAAGCAGGAAAACUCUUGAUUUGAGUAGUCUGGAAUACAGCAUAUAACUCCUCGCACACUUACUGUGAAUACCGUGACUUACGGUACACUGCGCAAUCGUUACUCUGCCUUGUUUUCUUCAUCUGUACAAAUCAUGGCCUGAUACAUGAACAUGUUAGGCCCAAUCCCAAUUCUACCCCUUAACCCUACCCCUAACCCCUACCCCUUGUUUUGCACGUUCACCUGAAGGGUGUGGGGUGUCCCAAUUCUCUUUAUCUUGAAGGCAUGGGGCAGGGGUGUCCAAACUCUGUCCGGGAGGGCCGGUGUCCUGUAUAGUUUAGUUCCAACUUCCUACAACACACCUGCCCUAAAGUUACUAGUAUACCGUGUGCAGGUGUUGUAGUGCUUUCCCGUUUCUUAGGGGUAAAAAAAUAGAAUUGGGAUUGGGCCUUGGUAUCCCUCGCAAUUGCAGUCUUUACAUAAUCCAGUGCGCCAGGGGUUUGUAACCAUAUUUGUAGCACAGACUGGUGUUUAUAUUGAUAAUGUUGUUACAGACCGGGGAGUUUGUUGGUUGGUAGGUGUCAUCAUUUAUGCGUUUGCAACUAGUACACAAAAGUCCUUCAUUCACAAUCUAUGUGUGAGGUGAAAGUGAGUCUCUUGUGUAUUUUUGUGUGAAUAAUAUAUCCCCAUAGCUGUCCAAAUUAAUGUCCUGUGAGUGUUUUAUAAUGGACACGCGCCCAUACAGAAGGAUCUCGCGAGGCUCAAUGGUGUUUCUGCCAUAGUAUGGAAAAUAAACUCGGAGCUGUUUACUGUUCCCAUCGGUGAUGAGCAAUCUCCCAAUAAUAUCCAGCUGCAAACUCAAGAUAGACCCAUUUCAACAGAUUCAGGGUGUUUUACUGUAUUUAACAUUUGUCUGUAGAUUUAUGAAUAGUAGAUAUUUAAUAGUAGAUAUUCAGUCAGUCCAGUUUAAAGCAGAAUCUGAUCUUUUGCAAUCUCCUUGUUGACCUGUGGUUCUCUUUGGAUCAGUGUUUGUUAAAAAAAUAUCUGUCACGAUCAUCAGCGAUCAUAACUCCCAGAUCGCUGGAUCUCACACACAAACACACAUGGACUACAAUUCCUCCAUUAAUGGACUACAUAUUCAGUCAUGCCACACACGUACUCACACCUGCUCCAAGUCUCUACUGAUUACACUCGCACCACCUGAGCAUUGUCAAAGACUGAUUACAGACACUACUUAAACAGCACACAUUCUCAUUGCCGAGUCUUGUUUAACUGUAAAGUUACAUUACAACGCGUUUCCCUUAGCCCUUGUUUACAUUUCUCAUUGUCUGCCGCCUGUCCGACCUCUUGCCUGUAUUUGACCACGGUUCUGGAUUGCCUUUAUACAUCUGUUUGCACCUGUGUUGACCAUUGAUUCCCUGACUUCGAAUAAACCUGCAAGUGGAUCCUAAA